GGAGUGCAAUGACAGACUUAUGUACGGACGCAAUGCUGCGCGUGACAAUGUCCAAGGGGGUGCGACUGGCCUGAGUGAGCGAAACGAGGAGGAAGAAGAUGGGCGACGCUGCGGUCCUUGUGAAGACGGAGGUGAUGACGAGUAUAUGGAUGUUGGGGAUGAGAACAUGCAGGACCAGAACAUGCUUGGCGAUGACGACGUCGGUGUCACAUCGGAGCAUGGCCCUGGCGACAUCCCCGCCGGUUCUGUGGGAGUCGCUGUUGGUCGGCCCUUGUCGUCCCCUGCAAUAUGGCAUUCGCAAGGCAGGAGUCAGGGUGGGCAUGACUCGCAGGAACACGAAGGAUCAAAGUCGAGGAAAAGGACAAGAGAGACUUCUCCCUCUGCUUCCGCUCACAAGAGACAAGCGAGGAUUGACGCUGUUAAUGAGGCUCGUGCUACGUGAAGCUCUGACAGCAUCCCAGGAGGCGAGACCUCAUCGGAAGAGCAGCCAGGGGGGAAGAUCUGGCGGUCGUGGCGGCGGCCGUGGUGGCGCAAGAAAAGGCAUCGAGAAUGCCAUCGAGAGUUCCAUCACCACGGAACCGGGGGCGUGGGAUAGGCAUGAGCUCGUGCUUGCGUCGGUUGACCGCAACGAAAUCGUCGGCGGGCAGGGAAGGCGGAUAACACCAAUUGAAUUCUUCGAAAGAGACUCCUCGGAGUUCGAUUGGUACGCUGUCUGUGGUCAGCAUACGGUCGAGGCCAUGAAGACAUUGGUAAAAAGGGGUUCUCCGACAGUCGAUGUCUAUGGCCUUCGCGCGUACUCUAAGGUGCGGGUCCUCUAUUUUGGAGAUGACCAGACGCGAGGGUAUUUCAAUGUCUCCGCCUUCGGCAACACGCGCGAAAAUCGGGCCAUGAUGUUGUUGUUCGAGGAUGCUGCCCGUGAUAUGAGGCAAUGGUGGAUCGAUAACCACCGAAUCGAGGCCCCGAAAGGCCAAGCGCAGAAGGUGCAAAGUGAUGUUCUGCGUUGCUUAUUCUGGUGGGGGGACAUCGAACUUAUCCUCGGGAUCUGGAAACGGGUGGACAGGCCAUCGAAUGACAUCACGAGGUACGGCAAUAUCGCUACGGCGAGUCAAGACAUGAUGACCAUUGUCCUGCACGCGGAGGGAAGGGAUCUCAGAAAGGUCACGGUCGCACCCCACCUUCUCAAUGACUUCACAAACGUGCAUGUUGUGGAGGAGAAGUUUGGGAAGUGUCUGGGGAAACACGGUGGCAUAGAGGGCGAUGAAAGUGUGGUUCCGCGCGGUGGCAUGGUGCAAGCUCACGAUGACGGAACUGUCCAUUCGCACGAAGGGUCCAUCCCGGUGGCCGCCCCAAGCGUCGCCUCAAUGGUGGCCCCGUCGGAGACUGCUGCAUUGCAAGACUUUGGAAGAUGCGGUGGCAAUGAAGAAGAUGACAUUGACAUACCAGGCGAGGUGUCGACGCUCGCACCAGGCGAUGCAAUUCCUUCAGGCUACUGUGCCACGUACGGGAGUUUAUUGAUAACAAAUGCUUCAAUGGAAGGCAGAUCCGAGAUCGAGUCAGAGUCUGGUGUUGGGCCGAGCGUGGCGGAGAGUCAGUUGCAACCGUCUUUAUGCACUGGCAAAGGUGAUGCACAAUCGCCGCUGACACCACAGGGAGGGGCCGGUGGGGAUGGUGGGAAGGGAGGGGAUGUGGAGGGAAUGCAACGUUCUUGCAACCUCGACACCUUAACCGCUGAUAUUGAUUAAAAGGGUGAGGGUGGGUGAGCCAGGAGGGGUGUAAUUGGAGGGGGAGAAUCUAGUGAUAUGAUUACAACUACACCUUUGCCUUGUUGAAUGAAGUGUAAUUGACUCG